UUAACGGGAAAACACCCCCGGUUUACGGCCUUGUGAAUAAAAACAACACGUGUACGAUUAACUUCUUAUUAAGCCAAAACUCGUACAGUGUGCUGGUGACUUUACAAACAAUCCUGUUGGCUGCCUGCGUGGACCCGAGUUGAACAACUGUGGGAGGAGACAGUGAAUGCAUCACGUGAUCUGCAGCGUGGGCUCCAAGCAUCACAAGAUGAAAACCGAAGUGAAAAAACGGUAAAAGUUGACUCGGUGAGUUGAGCGACCGGUGGAGACAAGGGGAGAGGAAAGUUUUAGGAAAUGUCAGCGUCGCCUGGGGCUGUGCGCUAAACCGGAAGACUAAGCUUUAACACAACAAUGGACGAAGCAAGUACAGAGAAUGAGAGACAGAUGGACGCCCACCUCGAGCUGUGUCCUUCGCAGUGAUCAUUUCACCGACGACCGCUUCAAAGGAACACCGUUACAAGAAGCAUUUGGCUUGAAAGUACAGUAUGAACGCAUUUUGAAAAAGGAUGCUAUUUCGCCGGUACACAGGAAAAAACAAGACACCGAAGAACGACCACUACAUCAAAGUUGGCACACGAGACAAAAUCUUCUGACCAACCAACCCCCAGGCCUCCAACAGAUAUGGGACCUCUCCCCUUUCACAUUUCCAUAAUCCCUCUCCUUCUCUUGGUCCUCCUCCUGUCCAACCCGUGCACCUCCGCCAGGCCUGCUGUUGUUGAGCGAGCAUCUGGCCCUCAGCACACCGAGCCCUCCAGUAACGUCACAGGGACUGGCAAGCGGACUUGUGCAGGCAAUGUCGUGUGUAAACCGGGCAUUCUGUUGCCUGUGUGGUCGCCUCUCGACCCGCCGCAAGGGGAGCGAGCGGGGAGGGCUGUCAUCUACUUCCUGUGUCUUAUGUACAUCUUCCUGGGUGUGUCCAUCAUUGCAGACCGCUUUAUGGCAUCGAUCGAAGUCAUUACCUCUCAGGUUAAAGAGGUGACCAUCACCAAACCCAGCGGAGAGACAACAGUAACCACAGUGCGAAUCUGGAACGAAACUGUGUCCAACCUCACGCUCAUGGCACUGGGCUCUUCUGCUCCUGAAAUCCUGCUUUCUGUCAUUGAGGUGUGCGGCCAUAACUUUGCUGCGGGGGAUCUGGGGCCGGGCACCAUUGUGGGCAGCGCUGCCUUCAAUAUGUUUGUGAUUAUCGGUAUAUGUGUGUGGGUGAUCCCCGAUGGAGAGUCUCGUAAGAUCAAGCACCUGCGAGUAUUUUUUAUUACAUCUUUCUGGAGUAUCUUUGCCUACAUUUGGAUGUACCUCAUACUUGCUGUGAUAUCGCCUGGGAUCGUAGAGGUGUGGGAAGCUGUGGUGACGCUGCUUUACUUCCCAGUGUGCGUUAUCCUGGCGUGGAUUGCCGACCGUCGCCUGCUCUUCUACAAAUACAUGCAUAAACGUUACCGCGCCGACAAACGACACGGGAUUGUUGUGGAAAUGGAAGGUGACCUUGAACCUAAAUACAAUGACGUUGUCACGGAUGGAAAGAACUCGGAUGGCAUUCUGUGCCCUGCAAACCCCUCAAGUGUGACAGUUUCUGUACAAACAGGAAGUGAGAUAGACCAGAACAAAGAUGAGGUGGUCCGUAUCCUGAAAGACCUGAAGGAUAAACACCCCGGCAAAAACAUUGACCAGCUUAUUGAAAUGGCCAAUUACUCUGCGUUGGUUCAUCAGAAGAAAAGUCGAGCUUUUUACCGCAUCCAGGCCACUCGCUUGUUAAUCGGUGCUGGAAACUUGCUGAGGAAACACGCUGCGGAACACUCACGCCGUGCAGGCGCUGCAGGUCAGGAAGAUGACAAACUUACAUGCUCUCACAUUUGCUUUGAAAGUGGCCAGUAUCAGUGCACAGAGAACUGUGGAACUUUGAGCCUCUGGGUGGUCCUGGAUGGGGGCACUGGCCAGAACACUUUCUGUGUGGAUUACUGCACGGAAAACGGUUCUGCCAAUGCUGGAGCCGACUAUGAAUUUAGUGAAGGGACCUUGACGUUUAAGCCAGGGGAUACUCGGAAAGAGAUCAAGGUGAACAUUUUGGAUGACGACAUUUUCGAAGAGGACGAGCAUUUCUUUGUGCGUCUUCAGAAUCUGAGGUCAGAGGAGGGUGGAGAUGAAGGGACAGGAAGUUCACCCAAGGGCAGGCUGGUGGAGCCGCUGGUUGCCACUGUCACUAUCUUGGAUGAUGACCAUGCUGGCAUCUUCACCUUUGGUCAGGGGGUUCUGCGGGUGAGUGAGAGCACAGGCACGCUGACGGUGACGGUGGUGAGGAACUCAGGUUCCAGGGGUACCGUUUCUGUACCAUAUCACACAGAGGAUGGCAGUGCUAAAGCCGGAGUGGACUACGAGGAGACCAGAGGAGAGCUGGAAUUUACCAACGAACAGACCAGUCAGACCCUACAAGUUCACAUUAUAAAUGUGGAGGAGUAUGAAAAACAAGAAAGGUUCUUCAUUGUGCUUGAGGAGCCUAAAUGGCUAAAGCGAGGACUCUCUGGCUGCCCCACCCCUGAGGAGGAAGAGGCCAGGAGGAUCUCUGAAAUGGGCAAACCCAUUCUAGGAGAGCACAGCAGGAUAGAGAUCAUUAUAGAGGAGUCCUGUGAGUUUAAGACUGCCAACGGAGUGCUCGAUCAGAGCACUGUGGAUAAACUCCUGAAGGACACAAGCCUGGCUGUGGUGAUUGGCUCCCAUACAUGGAGGGAGCAGUUCAUUGAAGCAGUGACAGUCAGUGCAGGCGAUCGAGACGACGAGGGAGAAGAUCAGCCAAUGCCAAACUGCUUUGACUAUUUUAUGCACAUUUUGUGCAUUUUUUGGAAAGUUGUGUUCGCUUGUGUCCCGCCAACUCAGUACUGGAAUGGGUGGGCGUGCUUCAUAGUGUCGAUUUCUGUCAUCGGCUUCUUAACAGCCAUUAUUGGAGACCUUGCUUCCCAUUUUGGCUGUACAGUUGGCCUAAGAGACACUGUAACUGCAGUGGUAUUUGUUGCCCUGGGGACUUCACUUCCUGAUACCUUUGCAAGUAAAGUGGCUGCGACCCAGGACCAAUACGCAGAUGCAUCCGUGGGGAAUGUGACUGGAAGCAAUGCAGUUAAUGUGUUCCUGGGAAUUGGUGUAGCGUGGUCUGUGGCAGCCAUUUAUUGGGAAGCCAAAGGUAUGGUUUUCCAUGUGGACCCUGGUUCACUGGCCUUCUCUGUCACACUCUUCACCAUUUUUGCCUUCCUCACAAUGGGAGUGUUGAUGCUGCGCCGGAGGCCGUCCAUAGGCGGUGAACUGGGAGGCCCACGGCUCCCAAAAAUCCUGACGUCACUGGUUUUGUUUGGACUGUGGUUCCUUUACAUUCUUUUCUCUAGCUUGGAGGCCUACUGCCAUAUUCAAGGCUUCUGAGAAAGCCUAGUUGGGGACAAUAAUUGCACAAAUAUAUGUGAAAUUCUCUUAGAACUGAUGUACUGAGUCAUUUGGAGAAGACCCACCAUCACCUGACAAACUGCUGCCAUUGUACAAAAAACAGACUUAGACGAGAUUCCAGUCUGAGGAAUUGAUUGUUAUAGUACGGAUCAUUUAGUGGACUAAAUAGCAUACAGUGUUAUUAAAAAGAUGAGAAAAGGGUGAAUGUCAUUUGUCGAAAAGGAUUUUAUUCAGGGUUGAUGCUUUUCUUCAUGCUUCAUGAAUCAAAUUGCUCACGUUAUUAGAAUUUACACUGAAGCAAUUGUUUAAGCCAUGCCUCCAUUUUGCAAUAUAUUUUAUUUCUUUUUAUUGGGAGGUGUCUGUAUUUACACCACUAAAUAGUUGAUGGAUCUAACAUGUACAUGACCAGUUCUAUUACAGUCGAACCUGCAUAAGUUGGCCCCGUCUGUGUUUUCAAAUACUUCUUCGUCCCAAGACAGGACCAAAGGUCCUUUCUUCUUUGACAGUAGACUUCUCAGCCGCUAACGAAAUGCACCCAUUUCUAUUUUGCACAAAUGGCUGGCGACCAGUCCAGGGUGUGCCCAGCCUGUCGCCCGAAGUCAGCUGGGAUAGGCUCCAGCAUACCCCCGCGACUCUAAAGAGGAGAAGCGGUAUAGAAAAUGGAUGGAUGGAUGGAGGAAAACCCUGUCAGCAAACUGCAGUAGGUUAAAUAACUGUUUAUUAUCACCUAUUCUCCUUAUAAACGUGCAAGCAAGGGCUAGUUUUGGUUGUGUCGACAGCCAACUGUCAAUCUGUCGAUGUAAACAGGUUCUACUGUAAAAGGAUAUGGAAGAGCAGGCAUAAAUACAUCUGUCUUUGUUCUGCAGUUCUGUGCAAUUAGAAUUAGAUGGGGUUUUUUGUCAUGAACUCCGAGAUAAACUGCUAUUGUUUAAUAUCUCACAGAAAACUUGACUUGCUUUCUAGUGUUUUCAUUUUCAAGUAUUAUUCUGCACCAAAAUGAAUCAGCCGUAUUAAUCAAUGCACUACUUGAACACUAUGAGGGCAUCAAUAAUUACACUGGCAAUACAGUCAUCCCUCGUUGAUCGCAGUUCAUUGGUUCCAGACCCAACAAUAAGUGAAUUUCCGCAAAUUUUCGUACUGAACUGAAAACCUGUUUCCAAUCUUCUAACAUUAUUACAGCCCAUAAGACAUGAAAUAACACUCAGUUACAUUUACGUUUGUAUUACCCAAUGUAGUAGAUAUAAUCAAAGAAAAUAAGACAUUACACAAAUAAGAUAACAAAAACUCGUAUGCAGGUCCUUGUUUGUUUUUUCUGGACAGCGUACAUCCGGUGGCUUUAAAUGGCUCUACACUCGCAUUAACCAAUAUAGUAAGAUAAGAUUAUAAGACUAAAUGAGCCAUUUAAGACGUAAAUAAAAUGCUUGAGCAAUGUCACAGUAAAUGUAUUCCCUCGGGUGACGAGUCUGGUGCCUGUCUCACCGAACAAUUAACGACAUCUAGUGGCCAAUUUCGGUAGAAUGCUUCUGCUGCCUUGUAUUUGUAUUUUUACUUCAUUUAUCCAUUUUAUGCUUGCAAAUGCUUAAUUUAGGCCAAGAAUAAGUACAGUUUGCUUAAAUGUGUAUUUAAAAAAAACUAAUAAUAAAUAGGCCGUAUUCAAUCACAACACAGCGAUCAUUCAUUAAUUUAUUUUUGAAAAACUGCGAUAGAGGGAGCAAUGUUCGAACUGUGAUGUAGCGAGGGAUGACUGUACAUUUCUGUUAAUCUACAUAAUGUACAUUUGAACUGCCAUGUGGUUUUACUGUGUUAAAUAUGAUCAUUCAGCACUCUGUUUUUUUAUAUACCCGUGUAAUUGAAUGUAUAGUAUUUGUAAUUUAUUGUAAAUUAUCUGAUAUAGACAAAACUAUAAUUUAUGUUAUAAUUAA